AACAUGGCGACUCGCCGACGACCCACAUGGUGGUCGUCCAGUGGUCAGGCCUAAGCAUGACGAGUCUGGGGAUUUCUCGGUCGUUUUUCACGUCGGUGUCUCACCGCGCACCGGGGCGAUGGGCCCUCGCGGGUUUCCACACGUCUGCUCCGCUGGGGCCGAUGUUCUGGGAGAAGGACGAGAGGUCGGGGUAUAAGUCGCAGUUGGACGAUGUGCCGCGGUUGAAGCUCGUCAAGGAUGGCCUCAAGAUGAUGCCGUCGGAGUGCAAGAAGUGGAUCGAGGAGUGGAAGGGGAAGCUGUUUGGGGAUUUUGCGAUGCCGAGGCCAGGCAUUCCUGACAACGUUUGGAAGUUCGACAGCGCAGAAGACCUGAGCAAGUGGACGGUGACGGUCGAUGCCGACAACAGCGAGGGAUUCAGCAGUGCGGAGUUGGUGCUCAGUCCCGUGGGGAAGGGUCUCUUCCAGGGAAACCUUUGCACUCUCGUUCCUCGGGAAGGUCGCAUCAAGAGGACUGGGUAUUGUGCUAUGAAAAGCCAUAGACUCACGAGGUCUUUUCAGAGGUAUGAUACCUAUGAUUGGAGAGACUACACUCAUUUGGUGAUGCGAGUCAGAGGAGAUGGAAGAACAUACAUGCUCAAUCUUCACACAGCAGGAUUCUAUGAUAUUCUGUGGAAUGACAUGUAUCAAUACCUCUUAUUCACGAGAGGAGGUCCACAUUGGCAGUAUGUUAGGAUACCUUUCUCAAAAUUCUUCUUCUCAAGCAAAGGCCGAAUUCAAGACAAACAGUUCGCCAUUCAGCUCGACAGAGUGAACAGCCUGGGCAUUGGGGUUGGAGACAAGAUUAAUGGCCCCUUUCGACUGGAGAUAGACUAUAUUGGUGUGGAAAUGGAUCCCAGUUAUCAAGAAGAGUUUGCCUAUGAACUUUAUACAAUGCCAAAAUACACCACUGCACAUUGAUCUUCACCUGAAAAAAAAUUUCAUUGGUGUUUAGAUACAUGUGUGUGAACAAAGCUGUGAUAUCUAGUCAUUGAAUAACAUUAAAUUUGAACUGUGC